AUGUAUUUGCUUUGGCGCAAUCAUUUUGUGAUAAGCUAGCACUAUCUGACCUGAGACUCACUGAUUUGGUACAGAAUUAUAUAAGAAAGAGCCCAAUUCAAGACUUUAGAAGUCUGGACAAGCAGUUCUACUUUGCUCUCCCGAUAGCCAUCACUUGGUCUACGGACUCGGAGACUCAUUGCUUUUGAAACUGAAGUUCCAAUGAGGCUAGUUAUUCCUUGUUGUUUGAUUCUUGCGCUGCAGACCGUAGGCUUGUGUCUCAAGGAUCCUAUCUGUGGACAACAGCCUGCAAAAAAUGGCGAUCGUGUCAUCACCUGCAUCGGCAGUUUUGAUAGGUACAGUUACCAUCCGCGGAUUCAAUCGUGCUUAAAGUUCGAUUACGGCGGCUGUAAUGGAAACGAUAAUAAUUUUAAAACCCUUCAGGAAUGCGAACAAAAGUGCAAGCCAGAGAAUUGUACACAUUCUAAUUAGUGUCCAUUUAUGAUAAAUAAGUAAGCCAGGCAGAAAUACUUACUUAAGGACCUUGAAUAUAUAAAUAAAUAAAAUAAACAAAAAUU